AUGACGCAGAACUGGGAGCAACCCCGACCUGGGCCACCGCGUUACCCGCUCCUGACGCAUCAGCCGUCCAGCGGAACCCUUUUCGUCGCGCGGCAAGGAGAGUUCGAUUUCAGGAGUCAAGUGAUCCGGAAACAUCGGCGACCACGAGCACUCCACUGUGCGGAAGCGCCAGCGCCGAAUUCACCACGGGAUGAAAACGACGACGACCACGACAGGGACCAUGACUCAGAACGAAUCGGCGGAACCACAAACGACCAGGAUGACCACCACAGUCGUGCCGCGGCCGAGAAGACCAAGGUGUCUUGGGGCCACUUGCUGAUGAGCGCACUCGUUCAACCUAAAAAUCCGCUUAUCAAGAGUCCAUUUCAAGAUACACCAGAGGAGGAGAGUUUGAUAAUGCCACGACCGACAUCGAACCGUAAACGUAGUUACCAGCAUGAUCGACGAUCCGCCAACGCGCGACGAUCCACGGAGACACACAUAAGGAAACCACCGACCACUUUAACAGCCGCCGGCCAUGACGAGGCCCCAAAGGCCGUCAUCGGGCAAUCACCGCCACCGCUCGUCGCGAUCGCUGCCGGGAUUGUAUCUUGGCCACCACCGACCACGGCCGCAACCCACACGCACAGCGAAGCACCAUCGAGCGCAGCCCCGUAUCUACCAACGUCGCCGAAACCCCAGGCAUCACCACCGGCUCCAGCCACGACGCCGUUCCCGGGACUAACGCCGUUAUGCCCGGCACUACAAACACAUCCACGGCCGGAGCAAUCAAUCCCAGGACUGGCAACGAAGGCAACCUCAUGGUCGUCGGAAUCACCGAUCAUCAUCGAUCGCGCCCAGGUCGUUACCGACACUGCCUCGUCCGGCUGCGCCACAAUCAGCGCAGACAAGUCAUCUAGGGUCCCGAGCACACCCACCUGUUCUCGGCCAACCGGCGUCGCCCACCACAACGAGAGCGCAGAAAGAGCACGGGGUCACAGCGCCUAUGAGCACAUGGUGCAACAACUACUCAAGUCCCCAGAAGGACCCACCACAUCUGUCGCUGCUCAGAGGCUAUCUUCCUCCUCGACAAGCUCACCCCCACCAGGCGGGGCCAUUAUGGCCCGACCCGAAAGAAGUCUUCGUCCGUUAUCUUGUCUGUGUUGA